GCGGAAGCAAUAUCUUCGGCGGCGCAGCAGCGGGUGUGGUUCGGACUUAAACGGGUGCUUCUGCUCUUCCCCCAAUUUUCGGCCGCGUGAAAAGAGAAAAUCCCCGAUAGGAAACACGGAGGAGCCUCUUUACUCUGAUACAUCUGCUGUGCGGACUGAGGGCAGGCAAGAACAAUGGCUACCCAGUCUGAUUUGAUGGAGCUGGACAUGGCAAUGGGUGACAGUAAAGCUGCUGUGAGCCAGUGGCAGCAGCAGUCUUACCUGGAUUCAGGCAUUCAGUCUGGAGUCACCACCACAGCGCCAUCUUUGAGCGGGAAAGGGAAUCCAGAUGUGGAGGAGGACGAUCCAACUUUGUAUGACUGGGAGUUCAACCAACCAUUCACUCCAGAGCCGACAGACAUUGAGGGCUAUGCCAUGACUCGUGCCCAAAGGGUGCGUGCUGCAAUGUUCCCUGAAACUCUGGAGGAAGGCAUCCAGAUCCCCCCAACUCAGCUGGAUACUGCUCACCCCACUGCGGUGCAGCGACUGGCAGAACCUUCUCAGAUGCUUAAGCACGCUGUGGUUAACCUUAUUAACUACCAGGAUGAUGCUGAGCUGGCCACUCGUGCAAUCCCUGAGCUCACCAAGCUUCUCAAUGAUGAGGACCAGGUUGUGGUCAACAAAGCUGCUGUGAUGGUGCAUCAGCUGUCUAAGAAGGAGGCGUCACGACACGCGCUGAUGCGCUCGCCACAAAUGGUUUCUGCCGUUGUUCGUGCCAUGCAGAACACCGUGGAUGUGGAGACCGCCCGGUGCUCUGCUGGUACCCUGCACAAUCUUUCCCUCCACCGUGAAGGGCUCCUCGCAAUCUUCAAGUCUGGUGGCAUUCCUGCCCUCGUCAAAAUGCUGGGCUCCCCUGUUGAUAGCGUGCUGUUCUAUGCCAUCACCACGCUUCACAACCUUUUGCUGCAUCAGGAAGGAGCCAAAAUGGCAGUGCGCCUCGCUGGGGGGCUGCAGAAGAUGGUGGCCCUGCUUUCCAAUACCAACGUCAAGUUUCUGGCCAUCACAACUGACUGCCUCCAAAUUCUUGCUUAUGGGAACCAGGAGAGCAAGCUGAUCAUUCUGGCCAGUGGAGGACCCCAGGCUCUGGUCAACAUCAUGAGGACCUUCACCUAUGAGAAACUGCUCUGGACCACCAGCAGAGUUCUCAAGGUUCUCUCUGUCUGUUCCAGUAACAAACCUGCAAUCGUCGAGGCCGGAGGAAUGCAGGCUCUGGGGCUCCACCUCACUGACCCAAGCCAGCGUCUGGUCCAGAACUGCCUCUGGACUCUGAGAAAUCUUUCAGAUGCUGCUACUAAACAGGAGGGAAUGGAGGGUCUGUUGGGGACACUGGUCCAGUUGUUGGGAAGUGAUGACAUCAAUGUGGUGACAUGUGCUGCCGGAAUUCUCUCCAACUUGACCUGCAACAACUAUAGCAACAAACUCAUGGUCUGCCAGGUUGGGGGUAUUGAGGCACUGGUGCGGACUGUUCUGCGGGCUGGGGACAGAGAGGACAUAACGGAACCUGCCGUGUGUGCACUCCGUCACCUGACUUCCCGGCACCAAGAUGCUGAGAUGGCCCAGAAUGCCGUGCGGCUUCAUUAUGGACUGCCUGUCGUGGUCAAACUUCUUCACCCACCAUCCCACUGGCCACUCAUCAAGGCCACUGUGGGUUUGAUUCGCAACCUGGCUCUGUGUCCGGCCAACCACAGUGCUCUGCGUGAGCAGGGAGCUAUCCCACGCCUGGUGCAGCUGCUGGUCAGGGCUCACCAGGACACCCAGAGGCGCACCAGCAUGGGCGGCAACCAGCAGCAGUUUGUAGAAGGGGUGCGUAUGGAGGAAAUUGUGGAAGGCUGCACUGGAGCUCUGCACAUCCUGGCCCGGGAUGUCCACAACAGAAUUGUCAUCAGAGGACUCAACACCAUUCCACUUUUUGUCCAGUUGCUGUACUCUCCAGUGGAGAACAUCCAGCGUGUGGCUGCCGGCGUUUUGUGUGAACUGGCUCAAGACAAAGAAGCUGCCGAGGCGAUCGAGGCUGAGGGAGCAACCGCACCCCUCACAGAACUUUUGCAUUCCCGUAAUGAGGGAGUUGCGACCUACGCAGCAGCUGUCUUGUUCCGCAUGUCUGAGGACAAACCUCAGGACUAUAAGAAACGUCUGUCGGUGGAGCUCACCAGCUCUUUGUUCAGAACUGAACCAAUGGCCUGGAACGAGACUGGAGACCUGGGACUGGAUAUGGGAGCUCAGGGAGACCCACUGGCCUACAGGCAGGAUGAUGGCGCUUACAGGGCUUAUCCAGCAGCCUACGGCCAGGACCCCUUGUUGGACCCCAUGAUGGAAGGCGCAGACUACCACCCUGACACGCUGCCAGACCUGGGCCACCACACUGACCCAUUGCCAGACCUCGGCCACAGCCAGGACCUAAUGGACAGCAACCAGCUGGCCUGGUUUGACACUGACCUGUAGGAUUGUUGUAUUCCGAGCGAACCUGCGUUGUGAUUGACCUGUAGAGUUGUUGAAGGUUAUUAGAAACUACGGCGUCUAGGAAAGUGCCUGACACAAGAAAAACAAAGAUGGUUGCCACAGGAAUGUUAAAGCAAGUUGUUAAUGGUGUUUGAGCGGUUGAGUUGGCGUUCUGGUGCGUUCAGAGGGAUCACGUGACGAAGGUCUUGGAGCAGGUUUCAUGUAUAGACGAGUGCACACGAGGCGGAUUCUAAGGUUGGACUCACUUUUGUUUUAGCCUUGCCUGUAUUAUCAUUAUCUUUGUUUCUAAUUCUUUUUUUAAUUUUCUUUUUGUAAUACUCAUUCUGUGUUGAAGGUACUGACCCAGCUUGCCUUUGCAAUAGCCAUCUUCAAUUUCUCGUCACAGCUAAACAUAAACAUUUCUUUUUCUUUUUUUUAAAAGCAUAUAUUACACGUAGUGUUUAAGUUAUAGUGAUAUAUUACAAUGUUCCUUUUGGUUAAUGGCCGAAUGUGUAGAACACUAAUAAUCAAAUGAAUCGUACUCGACAACUUAAAGUGUAACAUUGUGUAGUUCAUUUUUUUUAUAAUCUCAAGAAAAAAAAUGGAGACUUAUGACUUAAUAUGUGCUUCUAUGAGCAUAAACUGUCAGUGUCACAAAUGUUUUAAAGGGGUGGGGAAGGAAAGCGGGGGGGAGGGAUAAAGUGUUUUAUAUACAGUCUCACUGGUAGGUUACUAUUUUGUAUGCUAUGGUGGAGAUGAGUUGUGACGCUAUCACUGGUGGUCUCAUAAAACCCAGUUUGAUGUGCUAUCAAUGGUAGCUAGCUUGAUGAACCAGUUGUCGUCCUGCUGUGAUAAAUUUGGAGGUUGUGACACGGCUGAUCAAUAAAAUAAAUUUUAUUUCA